AUUUUGCUCUUCAACUUGUUUCGUUGACCUUUUCUUUCACACCACCACCUUUCAUUUGCACUUUUUCCAUACCAAAUUUUUCCACUAAUGAGCGCCCCCGACAACGAAGAUCUCAUCGACUACGAGGACGACAUCCCGAUUCCUGCCGCCACCAGUAAUGGUGCUGUCAGCGGUGCCGCCGACGGAGACGACAAAGACAAAAAGAAUUUUUCUGGCAUCCAUUCGACUGGUUUCCGGGAUUUCUUGUUGAAGCCUGAAUUAUUGCGUGCUAUCAGUGACCUUGGCUUUGAGCACCCUUCAGAAGUUCAACAAGAAUGUAUUCCACAAGCAGUUCUUGGAAUGGAUGUGUUGUGUCAAGCCAAGUCGGGUCAUGGAAAAACUGCGGUCUUCGUGCUUGCCACGCUGCAGCAGCUUGAACCUAUCAACGGCCAGGUUUCCGUGCUCGUGCUUUGCCACACUCGUGAGCUGGCUUUCCAGAUAAAAAACGAAUACACCCGAUUUGCCAAAUACAUGCCCGACGUUCGAAUCAGUACUUUCUAUGGCGGUACCCCAGUCUCAAAAGACGCUGAAGUUUUACGUGACAAGGCAAAAUGUCCGCAUAUUGUCGUCGCCACACCCGGUAGAUUGAACGCUCUGGCCAGGGACAAGGUUCUAGAUGCGAAGAAUGUAAAGCACUUUGUCUUGGACGAAUGCGACAAGAUGCUGGAACAGCUUGACAUGCGACGUGACGUUCAAGAAAUUUUCCGGGCGACGCCUCACCACAAACAAGUCAUGAUGUUUAGUGCAACACUCGCAAAGGAAAUACGGGCGACGUGCAAGAAAUUUAUGUCCAACCCUCUGGAAAUAUUUGUUGACGACGAAACAAAACUUACACUUCACGGACUUCAACAACACUACGUCAAACUCGAAGAAAAGGAGAAGAACAGGAAGAUCAAUGACCUUCUUGAUACUCUUGAAUUCAAUCAAGUCGUCAUCUUCGUCAAGUCAGUUGCUCGUGCGAUCGAGUUGGACAAGCUGCUGGUCGCCUGUAACUUCCCAAGUAUCAGUAUUCAUUCAGGUCUGCAACAGGAGGAACGUAUCAAACGUUAUACUGCUUUCAAGGCCUUCGAGAAGCGUAUCCUUGUAGCGACAGAUAUUUUCGGUCGUGGUAUAGAUGUCGAACGGGUCAAUAUCGUCAUUAAUUACGACUGCCCUCCCGAUGCUGACAGUUACCUCCACCGUGUGGGUCGUGCCGGUCGUUUUGGUACUAAAGGUCUUGCCGUCACCUUUGUCUCUACGGAUGAGGAUCAGAAUGUCAUGAACCAAAUUCAAGCUCGUUUCGAGGUCGCGGUUCCUGAACUUCCGGAACACAUUGACCCUGCUAGUUACAUGACCUCAUAAAGUACCACUUCUUUUUGUACUCGCUGCCUCAUUCAUUGUUGUCUCUAUCAAUUGAGUUUUCCAUUAUACUGUCUUUUGUAUUUUAAGUAUUCGAUGAAAUGAUAACCCUCCUCAAAAAA